AUGUCUGCCUGGGACUUUGGCAUGCUCAGCAAGACAGAAGAGAAGCGCUACGUUCAAGCGAUCCUCAAGGCUUUGCCCUUCCAGUCGCUGGAGGAACGCCCGAUGCACUGUUGCAUGGUGUCCGUGGUGCUUGCCUGCCACAAUUUCCUUCGCAGCGAGAAUGACAUUGCAGCAGUUUCGCUGAGGGACGUGCGCAGAGUUGCCAACUUGGUUCCUUACUACCUACGAAAGCUAGAGCAUCAAAACGACAUUCGCUUGCCAGAGGAGCAAGAGCACAAGCAAGCGCUUCUGCUUAAAGCCUUCUACGUGGCCAUUUGUCUUUGCUACUGGUUUCGGCUGAAGUCACAGCAGCGGACGGCUUUGCUGAAAGAGAUUGAGGCUAG